GUCUUCUUCAAUACCAAUACUUUAUUCCAGAAUUAUCCUCACCGCCUUAUCUUAUUUACUAAUCAAACCUUCCUUAAACCCCACCUCUGGGCUCUGUUUCUGUAUAUAUAUAAACCCUUUAAUAAUUACUAUUUCGGAGCUCUGUUUUUUUCCUUUUUUUUGUUCAUUUUUCAUGUGUUGGGUAUGCCGGAAAUUGAUGUAUUAGUUGCCGGAGUUUGAGAAAAGAACUCACUUUUCCCCUUUUUGUGUAGUUUCAUGUAUUGGGUUUGUUGGGUAUUGACGGAUUUGUUGCCGGGGUUUGAGAGAAGAAAACUUCCUUAUCCCCUGUUUUUCCAUUUCUUACUUGUUGGGUUUGCCGGGAAUUGACGUAUUGGUUGCCGGAGAUUGAGAAAAGAACUCCCUUUUCCCCUUUUGUAAUUUCAUGUAUUGGGUUAGCUGGGCGUUGACGUAUUAGUUGCCGGAGUUUGAGAGAAGAAAACUCCCGUAUUCCCUGUUCUUCCAUUUUUUACUUGUUGGGUUCGCCGGGAAUUGACGUAUUGGUUGCCGGAGUUCGAGGAAAAACACCCCUUUUUAUCUGAUUCAGUUAUUGGGUUUGCAGGGGAUUGCGUGUUUGUUGCCGGAGUUCGAGAAAAAAACACCCUUUUGCAGCUGAUUCAGUUACUGGUUCUGCCGGGGAUUGCGUGUUAAUUGCCGGAGUCUGUCUGCAUAUUUCACUUAUUGGGUUCACAAGAAACUGACGCAGUAUUCGCCGGAGAAAUGGUGGAAGGCGGUGCAGGACCAGAGUUCCCGGUGGUAUUUUACGACGGAGAAAGAGAAAUGAACAUCGGAAGUAUACGUAUAUACCCUUUACUAGAAUUCAAAGCAUUUCAAUUAAUGUUAAGCCAAAGAAUCGGAAUCUCACCGAAUCAGAUUUCAAUUUACUUAUGUGAUCGGAAAACCUCAAAGUUCGAAGAUCGACGACGAAUCCCCAUCACCGGUAAAGCUAAUUUCAGUUUAAUUGCUCGUGAAAUAGACUGUUUCUUUCUCGUGGUUCUAAAACGGUCGCGAAAAUCACGUAAUCGUAAGGUUAUAAAACCCGGUGGAUUCGUUACGGAGAAUGAAUCAUUCUCCGUAACCCCACCGGGUAAUCCCAUUCUCCUCCGACGAACCCACCCGAAUCAAUUCGGGUCACCGUUUUUCGAUCAAAUUUCACCGUUAGAACUGGAAAAUUUGAACGAGAAGUUGCAGAGUUUGAAGAUUCAGAGAGACGAUUACAAUUACUCCAUGGAUGUAUCCUCAAUUCCGAUGCAUCGGAAUAAUCCGUUUCCGAGGAUACAAGAUACUUUUCCGGUGAAGAUGAAAGCUAAAUGUGAGCAAUGCAGAAAGGGUAAUAAUGGAAAUGAAGAAAUACCCAGUUUUCAUCACUGCAAAAAUGAUCCGGUGAUUGUCGGAGUUUACCGGAGCCGGUUUGGACCGGUGUCGCCGGCCGGAUUUUGUUAGUUUACCGGCGUUUCUUUUGGAGCAGAAGAGAAGGAAUCUGCUGCAUUUGUGGUAUAUGGUAAGGAAGAUGUACCAUAAUAUUAGUUUAUAAUUAGGGAAGUGAUUAAGGAAAUUGGAUUAGUUUGCCACUAAAUAAGUUUUUUUUUUUUUUAAAUAUAAAAUAGAUUAUUCACUAUAUUGGUUAUUUUGGGAGUUUGAUGAAAUGUAAUAUGGAGAAUUUUUCCAUGAAUUGAAUUUUUCAUAAAGUGUGAAUUGA